ACACAGAUUGCACAAACGUAGUUCACCUAAGAAGAUUUUCAACGUAUACCCCGGCAUCAGCAAUCAUUCACAAUGAGUGACAACAAUCCAGUGAAGCAGGGUGUGGAGACCUUCGAUAAGAAGUGCCUAAAAAAGACCAACACAGCAGAGAAAAACACUUUGCCUACCAAGGAGGAUAUUGAAAAGGAAAAGAAAGCAGCAGAGGUCUCCAAGUAAAAUGAUACCUCUCAUGCAUCUCCACCAGGAAUCCCUGUCUACUCCUCUUCUCCCACUGGAAAUUGGUCCCAUCAUCUCCACUUCUGCUUGCUGUAUCACCUGCUUACAGUGGCAUAGCCUUUUCUGCUGAGGGUCAUAGGAUGCAUGAUCCCACAGGGUAGGGACAGUUUGUCAGUCCAUGUACAAUUAUUCCAAUGAUUGUGUUUGUGCUUUUAUCAUGCAGUCCAAGUGUAUGCAAAGAAGAAUGUAACAGGGUAUUGGUAUCCUCAUAUACAAUUUACAAGCACAUCUGAGCAAGUUUGAGAAAAUUGUGUUUAUACCAGUUGAAAACAUUUGCUGUUUUGUCAACAAUGCCCAAUAUUCUGCCUGUACAUGGUGCCAUUCUGGAUAAAUUCUUUAAAAUGACAUGUAAGAAGAUAUUUUAGUUUUAAUAAAAUCUGUGUUUUAAAUUGAA